UUUGCUCAACCAAAUCCAAUACAUACACAAGAAAACAGCGAAACAGCUAUUUAUAUGAAAUUUUAAAUGAAAACUUGUUUAUAAAAAAGUUAUUACCUAAUGACCACUAAAUAAGUAUACAUAAUAUCUAAAUUGUCUCUGAACCAUGUGUUUAGUGUUUUAUUGAAGAAGACAAAACUUAUUAACUUAUUGACAAAAAUGUAGAUAGUUAAAUAUUUGAAAACAAAUUGUGUGUUAGAACUAUAAGAUAUCUGUAGAGGUAAUAUUAUUUUUGCUUUACUAUGGAGGAAUUUAUUGAUAUGGUCCACCAACUGCCCUGUUUGUGGGACACUGGCUGCCGUGAUUACCGAGACAUGAGAAAGAAAGAGUUAGCUUGGAAAAGAAUUGUGACUCAAUUGAAAUGCGACGAUAUACCUGAUGUGAAAACAGCAAAAGCAGAAUGGAAGAAACUGAGAGACAGUCACAGAGACUCUUUAAAAAGAGCACGAGCAAUGGCUAAUGGACAAGACGAAGUAAUAACCAACAAAUGGAAAUAUGCAGAUAUAAUGAAGUUUCUAUUGCCAUACAUGAAAACAAGGAAAAGAAAACGAAACGUUACCAUAUCCAGUGAUGAGAACAAGGAGUCUUCACCAUCACCUUCAGACUCAUUGCUAGAAGCCCGGCCGUGCACAUCAAACACAGAUAAAUUGGAUUUUAACUCAGAAUCCCACACUAGCCAGUUGGAAUCCACAUCCCUAGAAAAUGAACAUAUGUACCGAAAGAGGAAAGUAGAGAAUGAUAUAGGAGAAAUAAUGAUUGAUAUGGAUAGGAACAAUAGUAGUUACACUUCAAGCAAACAUCCGUUAGAUUCCUUCUUUGAAAGCAUGUGUGAAACCACCAAGCAGUUUCCCACUUGGCUGCAAUAUACAGUUAAAAGAAAAAUAUUUAAUGUUAUUUCUGAGGCUGAAGACACAUUUGAAACUUACAAAUCAAGAGAAACAAUAUUUUAAUCAUAUUUUUUUUUCUAAAUUAGUAUUUAUCUAUGGAUCUCAAAUCUACAACACUUAAUCAGCCAGUUGCCUGGCCACUGCAUUUACCAUCCAGUCAGUAUUUUGGUCGCCCAUUUUGAUAUAUGGCAAUAGGCUCACCCCCUAUUACAUGGGACUCAUAACAUAAAUAGUGAAAAGUGGGUGUUAUAUUGUA